AUGGAAAGAAGAACAUGCUUAGUCGAUGUUUUGACUAUCUCAAGAGAAGGCAACGCACUGAAGACUUCUGUUUUCUUCUUUACAUUAGUCUGUGCACUAAUGGCGUUCAAUCUCAGUAAAAAUCCGUUAGAAAUGAAUGAAACAUACACAACAAGAAGCUUAUUAAUAACAACAAGUACAGUCGAAGACAAAGUAGUUUCUUUAGAAAAUCGGCCGAUUAUUAUGGCAACAUUUAUAUCAUUAUACGCUCUCAUAUUCUUCUUCGGUAUAACCGGAAAUGCACUGGUUGUGUAUGUUGUCUGUAGAAACAAAGCCAUGCAAACGGUGACCAAUGUUUUCAUUACCAAUUUAGCACUUUCAGACAUUCUUAUGUGUUGUUUAGCUGUACCAUUUACACCGAUAUCAGCCUAUGGACAUACGUGGUAUUUGGGGAAAAUCCUAUGUCAUAUUGUGCCAAUGUCGCUAGGAAUUUCAGUUUAUGUUUCAACAUUGACCUCAUUAGCAAUUGCUGUCGACCGCUAUUUUGUCAUUGUACAUCCGUUUCGUUCUCGUAUGCGUUUAGGUGUUUGUAUAUUAUUGAUUAUUGUGAUUUGGAUUGUCGGUAUAUCAAUUUCUUUACCCUUGGCUAUUUACAUGCGAUUAGAUCGCGAAAAAUGUGAAGAAUAUUGGCCACAAUAUACAUCUCGACGUUUUUUUAACUUUUCAUCAUUAGUUUUGCAAUACCUCAUACCAUUUUCAGUCAUAUCGUUUAGUUAUUAUAAAGUUUGGGUAGCGUUAGCACGUCGUUCAUUACUUGGACGUACGCGUGUACGUGAAGAAGUAGAAAUAUGUCGCAAAAAACGUACAAACCGUAUGUUGAUUGCUAUGGUGGUUAUUUUCGCUAUAUGUUGGUUACCAUUGAACAUUGUUCAUAUGGUGAAUGAAUUUCAUCGUCAAGAUGUCAACCAUUAUCGAGCUUUAUUUCUAAGUACGCAUGUUAUUGCAAUGUCAUCAACAAUUUAUAAUCCAUUUCUAUAUUCUUGGUUGAAUGAUAAUUUUCGUAAAGAAUUCCAGCAGACAAUCCCGUGUCUAUUCAGAAUCUGCUCAUGUUUCAAUGAUCAACAAUUGAGUGGUAAUAUGAUUAUAGAUGGUGAUGGGUAUAUUGAACGUGCGUCGACGUACCAAAUGCCUCGAGAUUCGUCUUUGAAUGGCAAAUCGAACGGUCACAAUACGAAGAAGAACACUUUAGAAAAGAUUCAAUUAGCAUCAAUCAAACAAAAUUCUUUCAAAGAGGAGUCUUUACUCGCCUCCUCAGAUCCGAUGGCAAUUAAUACCAAUAUAAAUAACGUCUGA